UGGCGGCGGGCGCGGGGUCUAUUCGGCGGGGCGUGCAGCCGGCCUUGCGGCGGGACAUGGGUCACGGGCAGGCGGACUGGCGGGCGGAGGACGCGCAGGCCGUGCGCGCUCAGACCGAGGCGUCCAGGUGAGUGACUGCGGCGACCCGCCGCGAACUCUUACACGUGCUGGCCCGGCCCGUGGCUCCGCCCACCGAGGCGGGGCCUGGCGGAAGAGGACUGCCCCACCCUCAGCCUAACUCAAUCGCGACCGUGCCCACUGCGUUUGGCUAAGUGACCAAACCUUAUCAAGUUGACGCGAUCACGGACACAAACAGCUCUUCCUGAUCUCGUUUUCGAGAUGAUGGAAACUGAGGCACAAGGUGUGCGCCCACACGCCCACGCGAGAAUACGCCAGGAGGAAGUCUUCCUCUCUCUGAGCCUCAACUUGUUCGUCCGUAAAAUGGGCAUCCUGGACGCCCCCACCUCACAGACUGGCGGAGCAGAUCUGAGCGCAGGGCCAUGCCGGCGGCCGAGUGUGGUGCCCGGGUCUGCGUUGGCUUCCGAGCCCGCGAGCCCGCUUGCGACCACGUGGGUCGGCGGCGGCGCGGGCGGAACCCAGGCUCGGCAGCUCGCGGUCCGCCCGAGCCUCAGUGGCCGGGGCGCCGGCGGAAGUAGGGGCGCCAGCCGCCGCGGACCUCGGUGAGUGCGGGCGUGUUGCUGGAUCCUCUCUUACAGGGAGCUGACAAUUGAGCCACAGAAACAGGGAGAGCCUCACAAGACAAAGGACAAUCCCAGUCACCUCUGUAUGCCAGGAUAAUGCAGACGCCGCUGGCCAUCCCCGUGCCUGUGCUCCGGCUCCCCCGGGGCCCUGACGGCCUGAGCCGAGGCUUUGCCCCCAACGCUCGCAGGGGCCUCCUGAAACCACAGGUUCCUGAAACUCCAGAAUCUCCUGUAGUUCAAGAAUCUCAGGAAUCCCAGGAACAGCAGGCCCGAGCUGCCCUGCGGGAGCGCUACCUCCGCAGCCUGCUGGCCAUGGUGGGUCGCCAGGUGAGUUUCACGCUGCACGAGGGCGUGCAGGUGACCGCCCACUUCGGAGCUACGGACCUGGACGUGGCCAACUUCUAUGUGUCGCAGCUGCAGACCCCGAUCGGUGUACAGGCUGAGGCGCUGCUCCGGUGUAGUGACAUUAUCGCAUACGCCUUCAAGCUGUGAAAUUGGUAUCGUCUCAUCUUUCUGCCUGGGGUGUAGCUGCCGUCUCCCCGGCCUCCAUUUGCUCACGAGCUGGGAACUUUGGGCCAUAGAGUUCUGAAUUCUCUUGGAAUUUUGAGCCAAGCUCCAAGUAGCCCUGGCUUCUUAAGACCUCCAGGGUGUAGUCAGUAAAAUUCUGCAUCCCAGGAGUCCUAGAUCCUGUUGGAAGGAAUGCUCUACCUCACAGAACUCUAAAGGCUGCAGGUAUAUGGGCCUGUCAUCCGUUCCUGAAGACUUGGGGCGGCGGGGGUGAGGGAGUAAAGGAAGGCAAAUUGCCUCGUGGGAAAUGUCUAUUGAAGAGGCUGCACAGUUCAGCCCCCUUGGAAAUACCCCCCAGUACUACCCUCCCACCAAAGAGCCAAUUAUCCCAGGAAAAUAUGCCUCUGGUUUUGUUUU